AUGGGCGGCUCUGCUUUUUCUGUCGGCGCCAAUCCGCUGCGCACGCCGCGCAUGCUGCCCGGCCUCUACCACGCGCAGAAGCAGCGCUGCCGGACCCUCCUGCGCCAGCUCUACGUGCACGUCGACUCGCCCAUUGACGGGCCCGGCAAGGCCGACUUUGGCGACAUUGACUUUCUGGUGUACCAGCGAAGACGCGAGGCGCCGCCCGCGCCGCCACACGUGGACAAUACCAAGCCCGGCACGGAGCUGAUUGGCGAGCUGGCGACGCUCCUCGGCGCGAAGCGCACCAUCAUCGCCGACGGCGCCGCUUCCAACCUCGCCAUCCCGUGGCCGGCUGACGCCGACGAGCAAGUCUCUCAGGACGCUGUCGCCGCCGCCGCCGUCGCCGCCGCCGCCGAGGACCCAAAGUACAUCCAAGUCGACGUGCGCAUCUCACCAAGCCUCGAAUCCCACGCGUGGAUGCUCUUCAAGCACGCCCACGGCGACAUCUGGAACCUCGUCGGGUCGCUCGUGCGGCCCUACGGCCUCACCAUUGACGACCGGGGCAUGUUUCUGCGCGUCCCCGAAAUCGAGGCCGUCUACAAGACGCGCGCCAAGGUACACCUGACCUCGGACCCCGCGCGCGUGCUCGACUUUCUCGGGCUGCCGCGCACCGCCGACCACGCGCGCACAUGGGUCGACGCGCCCUUUCCGGACCUCGACGCCAUGUACGAGUACGUCGCGCUCUGCCGCAUGAUGUAUAUCACGCCGUCAGCCACGGGUCCGCCCAACCAGGCCAACCACGACGAGGGCCACAACCUGCUCAAGGACGUGCAGAACCUCAAGCACAACGACCGCCAACGCAUGCGGCAACGGCCGGGCUUCCGGCGCUGGAUUGAGGAGUUUAUCCCGCGGUGCCGCCGCGAGGGGCGCUUCGCCGUACAGACCACGGACCGGGGCAAGAUUACCGAGGAGGCGCUCGAGGAGUUUGGCGUGCGCGACGAGUUUGAGCGCCGCCGGCACGCGUUCCUGCUCGAGCAGCAGCGCCAUCACAUUUGGAACGGCAUCAUCAAGACGCAGAUUCCGGCCUUGGAGCCGGGCAAUGCCGACCAAAAGGCCAUCAUGGCCCGCUCUGGCCUGGUCAAGGGCCUGAAGCGCAUCAUCCUGGAGCGGGACGCGAGCUACGGGGUUGAGUUUGACGAGGGCUUGCUGGGCGAGGAUGGGCUUUACAAAGAGGACGAGGUGGUGAGGUUCAUUGAGAAGAACAAGGAUGCGGUGCAAAAAGCGGCUCUGCAGAGGCAUAAUGAGGCGUUUAUCAACUACAAAGAGAAGAAGAAAGCCAAGGAGGAGAAGCUAGUUGAGGUGGCAGCGGAGAAGCUGGAAAAGAAGCAGACAGAGUUGGAAGAUGAGAAGCCGACUGCAUGA